GCAACGCAUAAAUUCCAAAAGAUCACAAUAUGGCAACGUACAAAAAGAAAAAAUCAUUGACAGCUGUUUAUUUACAAACGCACGUGUAAAGGAAUACGCAAAAGAGAAUUAAAAAUAAAAAGAAUUGCACCAAAAUUAAGAAGAAAAAAACUUUUUUAAAAUUAGUAAGACAACAAAUUAUAUUCUAACAAAAUGAAGGUAAAAAUGAUAAGUCGCAAUCCGGACGAUUUUGUGCGUGAAACUAAACAUGAACAUCACAAAAUGCCUCGUAAUUAUGAUCCCUCUUUGCAUCCCCUGGAAUCGGCUAGAGAAUAUGUGCGCGCCUUAAAUGCCACUAAAUUGGAAAAGGUGUUUGCCAAACCAUUUGUAGGCAAUUUAAGUGGUCAUCGUGAUGGUGUCUCCUGUUUUGGUAAACAUCCUAAAAGUCUAUCAACUUUAUUGAGUGGUGCCUAUGAUGGUGAAGUGCGCAUAUGGGAUUUGGCAAACCGAGAAUGUGUUCGUUCAUUUGUGGCCCAUGAAGGUUUUGUACGCGGCAUUUGUUAUAAUGUGAAGGGUGAUAGAUUUUUCACUGUGGGUGAUGAUAAAACUAUAAAGGUGUGGAAUUCCCAGGCUCCAGAUGUGGGCGAGGAAGAAGAACCCAUUAAUACCAUUUUAAGUAGAUCCAUGAUUACGGGCAUAACACAUCAUCGUAAGGAGGCUAAGUUUGCUACUUGUGGUGAAUAUUGUUCGAUAUGGGAUGAAAAUCGUAAUGAUCCCUUGAAAAAUCUAAAGUGGGGUGUAGAUACUUUGCAUGAUGUGGCCUUUAAUCCGGUAGAAACUUCCUUAUUGUCUUGUUGUGGCAGUGAUCGUAGUAUUAUCUUAUAUGAUCAAAGAGAAGCAAAGCCUUUAAGGAAAAUGGUUUUAACCAUGAAAAGUAACAAAUUAUCUUGGAAUCCUAUGGAGGCGUUCAACUUUACAGUGGCUAAUGAAGAUUGCAACCUUUACACUUUCGACACACGCCAAUUGAGCAAUCCUUUGAAAAUCCACUUUGAUCACGUUUCCGCUGUCACCGAUGUUGAUUAUUCACCCACUGGCAAGGAAUUCGUUUCAGGCAGUUAUGACAAAACUCUGCGCAUUUACAAUGUUCAUCAGAGUCACUCACGUGAAAUCUAUCAUACCAAACGUAUGCAACAUUUAGUCUGCGUGGCCUGGUCUCUGGAUAAUCGUUAUGUUUUCACGGGCUCCGAUGAAAUGAACAUACGCAUGUGGAAGGCCAAGGCUGCGGAAAAGCUGGGUGUUAUACGUCCCCGUGAACGUGUUGCUUUUAAUUAUCAGGAAGCAUUGAAGGAGAAAUAUGCCGCUCAUCCACAAAUCAAACGUAUUGCUAGACAUCGUCAAGUACCUCGAAGCAUUAUGAAUAAACAGAAGAAAAUGCGUGCUGUUAAGGAUAAGGAAUUACGUAAAGAGGCCAAUGUACGCAAACACUCUAAACCGGGUACUGUACCAUUUGUGGCCGAAAAGAAGAAGACCGUUUUAAAGGAGGAAGUUUAGUGUUGUUUUAUUAUUUGAAUUUAGUUAAGAGUUUGUAAGGAUUUGAUUUAAGGAAUUAACAAUAAAAUGUAAACUAAA